AGGCCGGGGGCGGCGGCCGCGCACCUCCGCGUCUGGCGGGACGGCGCCGUCACCCUGGAGCAGGACGAGCCCGACCGGCCGCCCCCGCCCGCCGCAGGUAAAUCAGGCCGUUUACACUGCACAGAAAUGGAGGUUAUUGAAUCACUAGGGAUUAUUAUAUAUAAAGCCCUGGACUAUGGUUUGAAGGAAAAUGAAGAGCGGGAAUUAAGUCCUCCGCUGGAGCAGCUUAUUGACUACAUGACUAAUGCCACAGAAACAGAUGGGAGUAGGGAUGAAGGAUAUGAUGCUCUGGAUGAAGGAGUGGAGGAUGACGAUGAUGAAGAGGAAGUUGAGGCCAUUCACUCCUAUAAAGAUGUCAUGAAGCUGUGUGCUGCCCACCUGCCAACCCGAUCAGAGGCGCCCAACCACUAUCAAGCAGUGUGUCGGGCUCUGUUUGCUGAAACAAUGGAGCUCUACACUUUCCUGGCCAAAAUUAAAAGUGCAAAAGAGAACCUGAAGAAGAUUCAGGAAAUGGACAAAGAGGCAAGUGAUGAAUCCGGCACGGAUCUUGAUGAACUGAAAAAUGCUGACUGGGCCCGUUUUUGGGUGCAAGUGAUGAGAGAUUUACGGAAUGGUGUCAAACUUAAGAAAGUUCAAGAGCGUCAGUACAACCCACUCCCCAUAGAGUAUCAGCUCACACCCUAUGAGAUGCUGAUGGAUGAUAUUAGAUCCAAACGCUAUACCUUGAGGAAGGUCAUGGUCAACGGUGACAUCCCACCUCGAUUAAAAAAGAGCGCCCAUGAAAUAAUCCUGGAUUUCAUCCGAUCACGACCUCCAUUAAAUCCUGCCUCGGCAAGGAAACUGAAGCCAACCCCGCCACGGCCCCGCAGCCUCCAUGAGAGGAUCCUGGAGGAGAUCAAGGCGGAGAGGAAGUUACGUCCGGUCUCCCCUGAUGAGAUAAGGCGAAGCAGGCUGGCAAUGCGGCCACUUAGCAUGUCUUACAGUUUUGACUUGUCAGAUGUACCGACACCAGAGGCUGGAAGAAAAUUAGUGGAUGCCUCUGUAGUGAACGGUGGCCCAGCGCCACAAGGAAAGCAGAACGGGGCCACACAAGUGACAGUGCAACGCAAGAGACUCCUUAAGGCGCCCACACUGGCUGAACUUGACAGCUCGGAUUCAGAGGAAGAAUCGGUGCACAAAUCAGGAAGCAGCAGCAGCAUCUCCCCCUCACAAGCGGAAGACCCCUCUCAAGAAGGAACCAGCAGCAGAAAGAUGCCUCCAAAGUUCUUGCCCAUAUCGUCUACGCCGCAGCCCGAGAGACGGCAGCCGCCUCAGAGAAGACACUCCAUUGAAAAGGAAACACCAACCAAUGUGAGACAGUUCCUACCCCCUUCAAAACAGAGCUCCAGGUCACUUGAGGAGUUCUGUUACCCCGUGGAAUGUCUGGCUCUGACAGUGGAGGAGGUCAUGCACAUCCGUCAGGUGCUCGUGAAGGCGGAGCUGGAGAAGUACCAGCAAUAUAAAGAUGUCUACACUGCUCUCAAGAAAGGAAAGCUCUGCUUUUGCUGUCGAACAAGAAGGUUUUCUUUCUUUACCUGGUCUUACACUUGUCAGUUCUGCAAGAGGCCUGUAUGCUCGCAGUGUUGCAAAAAAAUGCGGCUGCCAUCGAAGCCAUACUCCACCCUCCCCAUCUUCUCCCUGGGACCUUCAACCUUGCAAAGGGGAGAAAGCUUCAUGAGGCCAGAGAAACCCUCUACCAGUCACCACCAUUCCCUGCGGAGCAGGUUGACCUCGAGGUCCAAGUCUGUGGAUAAGUCACAAGAAGAGUUUCCCAAAGAAUUAAUGGAGGACUGGAGCACAAUGGAGGUUUGCGUGGACUGCAAGAAGUUCAUCUCAGAAAUCAUCAACUCAAGCCGGCGCAGCUUGUCUCUGGCCAACAAACGAGCCAGGUUGAAAAGGAAGACGCAGUCCUUCUACAUGUCAUCACCAGGAACCUCGGAGUACUGCCCCUCAGAAAGGACGAUCAAUGAGAUCUGAGCCGUGUGCCUUCUGCUUUGCUUCCGUCUCCGUGAGGUCAUCAUCCGUGAGCGAGGUCACUGGAGCCGCAUUGUCACCCCGUUGCUCUGUUCCACUUGACUGGCUUGGGUUUGCUUUCCAUCACAGGAUUUCCCACUCCAGCAGUUCCCAGAGACACAGAGAGCUGUGUUUGGAUGCGUGCAGGGUGAUACACGACGGGUCAGCUGCUCGCGCUGGGAGAAAAUUGAUGGUUUGAAAUUGUUGCCUCUUUUGUACGUGUGCGUCGAGAUGAGAAAGCCUUUUCUUGCUUUCAGUCUUUUUAGCCAUGCUUUGAGUCAUUUUUCUUGAGAUGAGCUGAGAGCAGGUGUCUGAUGGAGAACCAGACCUAGCACGGCGUCAGUGGUGGCACAGUAGCAAGCAGUAGGCCCUGCUGCAUUCCCACCCUCGGAAUGCUCACGCCCGUCCUUGUUGAGGCAGCCGAGGGCCGUGCCGUGCACCAGGCACCCAGCCUGAGCAGCUCCGGUCAAAUCCAUCUUCCUUUGAACCAUUUUGAUUGCUCUGUGAUUGGGGUUCAGCACGGGACUCUACAGUGUCAGUGUCCUGGGGCAAAGCAGGUGACCGAGCUCUUCGUCCGUGCAGUCGGUCAUACCCCUGAGCUGCUGUACUUCUUAAGCCUUAGUGUCCUUCUGAGUGACUCCUGAGCAGGUUGGAGUAGUUUACUUCCUAUCUUGAAUGUAUGAUAAUGACUACUAGUAGCAGUGAAUUUUAGUAGUAGACAAAGUUGUACAGUUUAUGGGGAGGACGGGAAAUAAGGGAGGCUUCUAAUUUUAACUGAAUACCUGUAAAAUUGUUCUCGUGGUUACUCAGAGGAAGCAGUGGGUAAGGUGUAAAUUUGUAUUAUAAUGGAGCACACAGAUACUGCUAUAGUUCUGUCUGACAGCAUAUCCACUAGUAACCCCAUUUUUUCUGGGGUUUAUAACUUGGCUGUAAAAAUUCGUGUUCUGAAAUUUGGGACAGUGCUCUCUCAGAUUGGGAGCGAUCUCUCUUUUCUUUAACCUUUUUUUCAUUCUUUCCCCCUUUUUCGUUCACUCACAAGGGAGUGUUAGACUAACUGUUUAGAAGUUCCAACAGUUUUACAUUAACUGACAUCUCAUGCUUUUUUGCACUUUUUUAAUAUUCAAAGUACUUUUUUUUUUUCAUUCAGUCAUAGCCAGAGUUUAGUCAAUAAUUUGGGGCCAGAUCUUUUUGGUAUUUAAAAACAAGCUAACAUAGCCAAGUUAUUAAUACUUGAAAAUCAACUACUGUAACUUUUUUCAUAAAUUUUUUAAUACCCUGAGGCAUAUUUAAUGUCUAUAUUGCAGUGUAUUAUAGAAUGACAUAGCAGAAAAGUUUCAGAUCUAUUUAUUAACAUUUCUAUACUUCAAGUUAAUGAGAGAUACCUCAAAACUGCUCCAAAGUAGCUGGGACUUGACUUCCAUAACAUAAUUUUAAAGGUGUAUUAAUCAAAACAGCUUCCUCUGUCCAAAAAGCCCAAGAGAGAGACUGCCCCUGUGGCCCUGGCAAGGCACAGUGCCCAGGCUGGGAGGCACCAGGGCUGCUUGGCUCCCUCUUGGCAGCCUUUGGAGCAGCCAUCCAUAUCGUCUCUUUUAGGCUGAUUUGAAAAGCACAUGCAAAAGUCUCUGUAAACCUUCCCAGGGAGUCGGCCAUCCUUAUUUUUUGUUAAAAGCCCCCAUGGAAAAUGAGAAUUUUUGCAUAGGUAGGGCUUAUUGAAACAGUUUCUCUUUUUUCCCGACCCAAUGCAAACAGGAAAAGCAGGGCUCAGUGCUAACUCUCCCUCCUUGCUGUCCCGUGUAAGGUCAGGUGUCACAGCCCUCUCCUCGUGGUACCUCUGGAGAAGCAUCUUGCAUGUUAAGGCACGUGGAGUAGUGCAUGAGAGAGGGCUGUAGGAUUGCAGGGGAGCAGCGCAGGCUGGCUGGUGGGAAAGGUUCUGCUGUUGCUGGAAGGGUCGCCUGAUCUCGGUCACAUCAGCACUUUCUCUUGUUUCUGUGCCAAAACCAGGCCGUGUGUUUGCUGCACGGUGCACCAGGAAAACCAGACAGAAACGAACGCAGGAAAUCUCACUUUGCAUCUGCCCUGUUGUCGUUGUUGUCACGAUUUUUUCAUGGAGAUGCCCUGGCCAUGUUACAGUCUUGCAGUCCUCUGCUCAGUCUGCUUCCCUGGUGUCCUCAAGCCACCAAGGUGCAGAGCAUCUAGCACGUUUAUUUUCCUCUGGGAGAGGAAUUUGGGAUGACGUAGAGCAGGCAGGAUGAAGGACUGAGUCCUGAGCCUGCAAAGGGAACCAAGUUUUUCAUGCCUGUGCCCUGCUCCACGCUGGCAGUGUUGGGGGUGGCUCUGGGGUGGCGGCAGAGCCUUGUCACCUGGCCUGUGCCUUCCCAGAAUUGCCACAAGUCCUUGGCUCAGGGCAGGCUCUGCUGUGCUGGCCAGGGCACAAACACUGAGAAACAAUGCAGUGGUUGUACAGACGGCUCCCUGUUGCUCUCAUAGAGCUGCCAUGGGCCAGGGCCUGGAUAACCUCCCUUUUUCCCUGGAAAAACCCCUCCAAGCUGCUGACACAUGCUGUGGCAGGCUCCAGAAGACACGGUGUGAAGGGCUGCCUCUCCCACUGGCUCCAUCCCUCCCUCCCUGGCACAGCUGCUCCGCGUUACCCUGGCAUUUCGUUCCACGAGGGGAGAAGCAGCGGGUUGGUUCAUGGCAGAAAGCCUGAAGGAGCUCAGCUCUGGUUGCCUGGCUCUGCAGAGUGGGCUAUUUUUAGCUUUCCAUCUCCUCCCUGCCUGCACCAGCAUCCCAAAUCCAGUGCAGCCAUUGGCCCAGCACCCCGUGGUGCUGCCCAGCGUGUCCUAGUUACGGGCUGAACUUCACGUCAGCGUCGGAGGGGGAAAUCAGAAGCUUGUAAAUAUCUGUAAUAUAUUUAUUAAUAUUUAGGAAGUCUCCAUCAAUCAUGCAAUGGGAAUUGACUUUCCCAUGAUGUUUUAAAAAGGAAACGCAUCUUAUUUAUAUGUGUGUUGGCUGUUAUCUUUUAUUAGAGUUAACGCUUUCAGCCCCCUAAUACAGUUUGCACAUCUUAGAGUGAAUUACUGCUGAAAGGAACGCGGCACUAGCACAGUGAAUUCCGUUCCAUGAAUUUUAAAUUUUUUUCCUUCUGGGUUUUUUUUUUUUUUUUUUAGCUUUAUUAGUUUGCCCAAGGUCUGUUAAAAUAUAUCAUAGGAGACCCAAGGAGCUAAAAAUGCCUCUGGCAGCAUCAGUCUUGUUUUGUAUGUGAACCUGGUUGUGGGGAAUGCGAAACCAGCUCUGCCUCACGGUGGUGAUGGAAGAUGUGAGCAGGCUUUUGCUGCAGCUCUCAGACCUGACCUUUCAAGUGUUCAUGGUGACAGUAGUGUUUUGAGGGGUCGUUGGGGUUUUUUUUCCCUUUCUCCAUUACUUCCUUUAUACAGGGAGGGGUGUUACCUGGUAAAAAUAAAAUGCCUUUCCAUUAUAACCCUUGUCUGUGUUAAUUAUUCAUGGGGAAGCUGAUUUAAAAGUUCUGUCUCUCUCUUUUUCAUGCUUUUAUAGUUUUGUAAGAUCAAUCAGAUGUUUCUUUUGGCAAAGAAUUGUUAACGAAAAUGAUUGGAUAACAGCUGAACACUGGCUGGGCUGCAUGAAGGGAUGAAAACCUGUUGAAGUACCCUUAGAAUAGCAAUAAAAACUGCUUGUGUAACCCCAGUGAUGUGAUUAGCUCCUUGUUACCAUCUGCAGCCAACUCCCUCUGUUACCAGUGUGCUGCUUCUUCCAAUACUGGUGUGCUCUACCUGAGGCAGCACGUUUGUCCUGCAUGUGAUACAGGCUUUGGGAGAACUCCAUCCCUCCCUCAUCAUUGGGAGAGAAAUGCUGACAGUCUUUUGGAGAGGUUUUUGGUGGAUUUGGUUUAAUUUUUAAAGCAGAAGUGGAGAGAACAUUAUGACAACUCCUGCAUUGUUCUCUCUUCUCUCCUGAGCAUCCCUUUUUCCCCAGGCAAGUUCAGCAUCAGCUUCUCUGGUUAGUUACUGGCUGCAUGCUCUAUAGGUUAAAGCAUAAUUAGGACCUCCAGCUUUAAACUCCUGAAUGCUACCUUCUUGCUUUACUUCAUCCAGCAGCUCUGCACAACUCUUAGGAAUGUCUUACAGCUCAGUCUUACCAGUGAAACAGUGACAGCACACAGGCAUGAGAGAAAGGUGCUGCAACUCUACACUCUGGUGCUACAGCACAUGGAUUAUGUUCAUGUUCACCAGAAAGUUUUAUACUGUUGCCAUGUUUAUAACUUGGAGCAGCUCUGGUUUAUUUCUCCUUUUGUAUCUGUGUAUCUUAAGGCCAGUCUGAGAAUGUUUAUGGAUACCAGUUCCAGCUAUAGUAACCUCUUUUGUUGUUUCUGUGUGAUUUUUACUACUGUAUUUCAUAAUUUUUGGGUACCUGAAAUUGCUGUUCCCCAGAACUUCCUUGUAGUGAUGAGGAGGAGAACCAUGACAGAGGGGCAUUAGCGGAGCCUGAUGUGAUACACAAAGCCACAGAACCCCUGAUGUGAUACACAAAGCCACAGAACCCCUGAUGUGAUACACAAAGCCACAGAACGCCGUGCUGAGCGGCACCCAUGAGAUCCAGCAGCCCAGAGCAGAGGCAACCGGGGCCCUUCCCUGUUCCCUCACUUUGACACUGAAAAAUCCUAGAGAUGCCCAUGUUUCUCAGCUGCCCUGGCACAAGAUGUGAGCUACUCCGUGCCCCAGGGUCCCCAGCUGCAAAAAGAUGCUUCAAAGUGGUUACAAACUGUUUAAAGAAUAAAGAAUAAAAAAUAACUAUUUAAAGAGCUGCUGCUGAAGACCUGAGUGCUCAGUGUCAGAGCUGAAAGGAUCCCUCAGUGUGCAAGUUUCCAUCUGCUUUCAGUACUUGAAAACAAUUAGCCCUAGUUCCAGGUGAAACAAAUUCCAGAGAGGUGAAACUUUACAAUAUUUUGACAAGCAAAGACUUGUGAAUGAAUUUUUCUGUGGUAGGUCUGCAUCCAACAAAUGUCAUGGGGCAUAAUCAGGAGAUGGAGCUGAACCAGUAUCAAAUUUUAUGCAGUAGUAGUUUAGUUGGUUUAUUUGCAAUAAAUCAAUCCAGGAACGUUCCAGUUUUUUCCCUGGUCAGGCUGUUUUGCAGUGGCAGUGCCUGGCUGAACAGAGUGUCAGAUGUGAGGUAGCCCAGGCUCUGUGUCCUGAGGUAAUAAGAGCUGCUGCCGGCUGCAAAGGUCAGCGAGAUGGGUUCUGUAGAACAUUUCUAGAGGAAGCCCUUCGGAACAGAACCUUCAGAACAGGCCUUACUAUAGCUAAAUAAAAAAUACAUUUGUAAGCAGAUCAUCUUCCAAGAUGCCAGGCUGCUACUAUAAACUCACAGCUGAAAAGGAUCUUUUUGAUUAUUGAUACAUUUGAUUUUUUAAAAAGCCAACCCAAAAGAGCGCUCAGUAUGAAAAAAACAGCCUUGGUCUCUCUGAUGCAGCUGAAGGUGUUUCCAUUAAGCUGCAGGUCCUCUCUGCAUUUCUCUAACCAGUGACACCAGUGCUUAGAAAUGGGAGCCAGCAAUGCUUUGGCUUUUGCAGGAUGGGCCCUGGGCCAGACAGCGCAGUGUGGGAUUUUUUAACUGGAUUUCAGGAAUCUGAGUUCAGAAAUCUGCUAAAUCUAGAAUUAAAGCACAUGGGCAUGAUGUAAGUUCUGCAGGAGGUGGGCUUCCAAAGUUUGGUGGAAAUAAGCACCGGUUCAGCUGGCACAGAUCUAUAGAGGCAGCACUCUCAUGGCCCAGCUUUCAGGAGAGACAGAGCCCAAGGGCCAGCUUCAGCUGAGACAUUUAAGGUGAGCAUGUUCCUACUGCAGGGCUGGUGGUUACACUGCCUGUGAAUCAAGAGCAAAAUGAAGAUGAUGAGAAGGGGUUUUGAGCUGUGUUUCUGUUAAAGCUGGUUCCAUCUCCCUAACCCCCUUCUUUAAUUAAAAAAAAAAAAAAAAGAAAAAUUCCAAACAGGAGGUGCACUUUUUGGACAUGAACAGGCCUAAAGCACAAACCUUCCCCUUGGAGCUUCCCCUGCUUCUGUGCUGUCACUGUGCAUGUACCGUCUGCGCAUCUUCAGGGACACCAGGGGCAUCAGCUCUACCAGCAAAAGGCAACAGAAUUGUCUUCUGCUUGUUUCCAUGUUAUGUGGUACUGA